AUGGUUUUAGUUCCUCCAGAGCACGCAGAGGCCACGAGAGCAGCUGACUCUCUGCAAAAGGAGAACAGUGCAGACGGACAGGAGCUGGAAAUGUUACAAGGAAAGAUGAGAAAGUUUAUUUCUGCAGUCAAGGACAGGAAGAAACCAAAGAGGAGCGACAGCAAGAAAUGUUUGGUGGAAAAGAACAACAACAACCUGCAGGACGGAUACACUGUAGCCGAGCCCUUGGUUCAGAACACCGUCAACACUGAGGAGGAAGAACACCUGCAGCAGGAGAAAGACGUCUUUCUUCAGGAGCUAUUUGAGCUUCUCGGGAAGUAUUCUGAUGCCACCACCCCUGAGGACGGAUCUUGCUGCUCAGGUCGACACGAUAUGCAACAACGUGUUGUUCACCUCGUACGAAGAUUCUUGUCCCAGAUUUUCCCGAAGCCUCCUGCAGAUCUGGACCAAAACCUUCAGCUGCAUCUGUCAGACAUGGAGAAGGAAGUGCUCAGCAAGUUCGAGAGGUUCGGUCCUCUGUUCGAGUCCAAGGGGCUGAUGAGAUGUCUGGUCGACUGCUACAACCGUCACACUUUUAAUCACCUGCACAGUCUGGUCCAAAACGUCAGCUCCUUCAAGAGCUCCUUCGUGCUGAUGAACUGGGUCGUACAUACAUAUCUGAGUCAUGAGGUUCUCGGUCGUCAUGACGACCAGCUCUUCAGCCAAUGGGAAGAACAAGCAAAGGAGAAACUACUGGAACACGCGCAGAAGGAGAUCAGAGAGACCCUAAAAAGAAUCCUGCAGAAUGAAAGCGGCCAACGAUGCUGUAACAGUGAGGAGGCCUAUGUACGACUUUAUCUGGACACUAUUCAGUACGUAGCUGCUAUGCCCAGAGAGGCAGCAAGAAUCAGCUCAGAGCUGCGUGAUCAAGUUCAGGACGUUUGUUUCCGAGAGCUGCUGCCAUUUGUGACGAGGUACGCUGCAGAGCAGAAGGAGUUUCUUGGAGGUGAAGCCAAAGUGGACCAACCACAAACUAUUCACUUCCUCAGGACUCUGAAAACUUGUAAAGAACUCAGGCAGCACGUUCUUACUGAAGGCAAAGAAAUUGAAACUUCCCUUCUCAUCCAAACUCUUGAAGACAUUGAGGCUUUUACUUUGAAGCUUCUGAUGAAAAUCGUAGAUCACUUCGCUGAGAGCCACCUCAAAAAGUACUUCAAAUCAAACAGCAAGCGCCUCUACCUGUUUGCUACUUUGGAGAAUCUUUUCCCCAGACUGUGGUACGUCCUGGAUGAACAAAAUAGAGUGAUUAAUGAGGCCUAUAAGAGCAUGGCUCAUGUUUACCUGAAGCAUCUCCUCCAGAGCAGUCGACGUAAACUGCAGAGAUGUUGGAACCCAGACGUGGAGCAAACGGUCCAAGAGGAUGCAGAACAUCUUCACCGCAUCAUGGCCAACCUGGCUCCUGGAGUCCAACAGUGGAACCGGAUCCUGCUGAAGAUUCCAGAUGUUGUGGAGUGUAAAGACAUCGAUGCACUGAAGAUCACGAUGGCUCACAUAGAGAAAGACUGCAAUGAACAGAGAAAGGACCUGGAGCUGCUUCCUGCUCUGCUGCGAUGGAAGGGUCUGUCCAAACGGGAGGUGAUGGAGGUGAUGGAGGCUCUGCCCGGCAGCCGACCCAGAACCGGUUCUGGAUCCUGGUUCUCCUGUCUGACCUGCUGCAUCCAAGAGCCGAGUGUUCAACAUGUUUGAGUCUCACAUCAGUCCGUUACUCAUUUCUUGAGCCUGAUGUUGAGGCUCAGAAGGAAAAAAUACUAGUGACUGAUUUCAGAAGCUUUAAGACAAGAUACAUUUGUGUCCAACAAGCUGCAUGCAAUAAGUCUUUUUAGCACAAUAUUGCCAAGAAAUCAUAAAAAUAUGCACCUUAAAGGUACUGAGGUGUUGUUUGUCACUACAGCAAACCUCACAGAGGACCACAUACUAGUAUAUGUUGGUUUUAAAGGUUUCUUUGUUGUUUACAAGUUUGCGUUUUCAUAUCUUCACGUUGAGUUUAACUUAUGGAGAGUUAAAGACGCUGAGAGAUGUUUGCACUUUAUUGUUAUUGUGCAAAAGACCACGAGGUCACAGGCUGAGCUUGAGUUUAUUUCUUAAGCUCCCAUAACGAAAAGAUAAAACCCUCGGAAGUCCAAUAGGUUUGUGGGCGACUUUUGCUCCUGUCGCAUUUUAGCUCACUGUGGCUCGUUUUUCACUGCAAUAUAAAGUCCUGCAUCUUUAAAGAAACAGUCGACUAAAAGCAGAAAUGACACGGUUGGAGUGACAAAAAUCAUAGAAAAAAGUUUCAAAAAAUGAACAGAAAACAUGAGAAAGAAAAACAAAAGUUCAGUUCUCUUGAUUAUUCUGUUUACAGAAAUUAAAAAAAAAACUGGGAGAAGCAUUUUUUCAAGUGCUACCAAUAUUGGAAAAAAAAAUAGGGCUUCUGCGUACUGUUUAUAUUCUGUUUACAUUUUUACAACUUUUACAAACUAGACGUCCUUUUACACGACUAGAAAAGAUGUUUCACCGUGAUGGAUGUAUCUUCCAACCACUUGCCCCUAGUUAUGCCGUUUUAAAAUUUAUUUUAUGGAUAAAAUAUGUUUUACUUUCCAUUUAAACAGUUUUUAAUCAUCUUCUCUCUGCUCUGAGUUAACACUGCCUGCAGUUCAGUAAAAGAGUCUUUGAAUUUUUGCAUUGUGACUUUUAAUCACAGCUGAGUCAGUCGUGAUUUCUCAGCUGUGCAGAGCAGCGCACAAUUUUUUUGUUUUUUUACAGAAUCAGGUUCAUGCAAGUGCCUUAUUUUUAGUAAUUUUUUAAAAUUAAAUGCAGGGAAUAUUAGAUUUUGAAGAAACAUUUUUUGGCUAUUUUCCCGAAUGUCCUGUACGUCACACAUGAUACAUUCAUGAACCACUGGACAGUUAAAAAGGCACUGAUAGUUUCUGUUUUUACAGUUUCUGGUUUGAUAAAUGCUGUAAUUUCAGGAUUUAUUAAAAACAAAACAAAACAUUUCUUUGGAGUUCAGAGGGUUAAGAUGUAUUGUUUUUAAAAAAACAUUAAAGUUCUCCAAAAAAGAUUUUUAUGCCAUGUUUUUAUUUAAUAUUUAUUACGUUUUAUUUAUAUGGCUGUAAAAAUCUUUUACAAAAAAAAUCCAACAAUAAUAGAGUUUAUUUAAAGCAUUUAAACCUUCAUCUGUUCCUGUUAACUUACCAGCACGCAGUGAUUCCAUUAGAAUACAAAACGUUUUUCAAACAAUCAGACUUCAUUUAUAGAGCACUUUCCAUACAAUUGAGAUGCAACACAAAAGUGCCAGACAGAAUAAAGUAAUGCAAACAAGCUCCGAUAUCAUGUUAGAAAGCAGGGACUAAAAGAAACGGGAACUGAGGAAAUGCUGUCAUAAGUAACAUAUGAAACGAGGAAACGCCAGACCAAAUAAAAUACGAUUAACUGACCAACAAAAUAAAUAAAUACAAUAAAUAAAUAAAUGCAAGAAAAAAUACAAUAAAUAAAUGAAUGCAAUAAAUACAAUAAAUAAAUGCAAGAAAAAAUACAAUAACUGCAAUAAAUAAAUAAAUGCAAUAAACAUAAUAAUAAAUAAAAUAUUUAAUAUUAAAAUAUAGAUAGAUGAAGGGAGAAACAGAAGUCAAAAUUCAUAAAAACAGAAUAAGAAAAUAGUAAUGGUACAUUUUAAGCAUGGCGGUGGCAGCAUCAUGAUGUGAAGCACGGUGGUGGCAGCAUCAUGAUGUGAAGCAUGGUGGUGGCAGCAUCAUGAUGUGAAGCACGGUGGUGGCAGCAUCAUGAUGUGAAGCACGGUGGUGGCAGCAUCAUGAUGUGAAGCAUGGCGGUGGCAGCAUCAUGAUGUGAAGCACGGUGGUGGCAGCAUCAUGAUGUGAAGCACGGUGGUGGCAGCAUCAUGAUGUGAAGCAUGGCGGUGGCAGCAUCAUGAUGUGAAGCACGGUGGUGGCAGCAUCAUGAUAUGAAGCACGGUGGUGGCAGCAUCAUGAUAUGAAGCAUGGUGGUGGCAGCAUUAUGAUGUAAAGCACGGUGGUGGCAGCAUCAUGAUGUGAAGCAUGGCGGUGGCAGCAUCAUGAUGUGAAGCAUGGUGGUGGCAGCAUCAUGUGUGAAGCAUGGUGGUGGCAGCAU